AUGUUCCGCUUCGCCGUCGCCAGAUCCGCCAGAUGCCUCGCCCAGGCUGCUCCUAGAGUCCAGGCCCCCAUCACCCGCCGUGUCGCUCCUUCAUCCUUCUUGCCUUCGACCACUGCCGCUCCUUCGACCUUUGUCUCGGCCGUCAGAUGCUACUCGGCACACGCUGGUCUCUCAAAAGAUGAGGUUCAGGGUCGCAUCCUUGACCUUUUGAAGAACUUCGACAAGGUCUCGGACGCCUCCAAGCUCUCUGCUCAGUCACACUUCACCAACGACCUCGGUCUCGACUCCUUGGACACUGUCGAGGUCGUCAUGGCCAUCGAGGAGGAGUUCAGCAUUGAGAUCCCCGACAAGGAGGCCGAUGCCAUUCACAGCGUGAACCAAGCUGUUGAGUACAUCCUCAGCCAGCCUGAUGCCCACUAG